AUGGGCUGCCUAGAAAGUCGGGAAAUAAUCAUACUGGAAGAAAAAUUUGUGUCUUUAAUGGAAGCAUCUCUCAAUUAUGCUAGCCAUGACUGCAAAAUUAUUGAUUAUUACCAUCGAAAAUAUUCCUAUAAAGAAGAAAUUAACUAUGAGCAAUGGCUCGAAAUAGUUCAUAAAUUAGGCUUAAAUGUCGAAAACACCAGAGAGUGUCCGCGAGCUAAGGAUCUUUAUGAGUCUCUGAAAAAUCCUAAUGGCACCUACAAUUUCAGAAAAAUGGCAGAGCUUGGGAUUCUUUUAAGCUCUGGAAAUUCUAUAGAAAAAGCUAGGCUGCUUUUCCAAUUAUUUGACCCAUUGGAUGAAAAAAUAUUAUCAGCUGCAACAAUAAACCAGCUUAUAGACGAAAUUUUGGAAAUCUGCGUUGGCAAAACUACGAUUCUAGCAUUGAAUGUAAAUUCAAAAAUUAGCCAAAAUUCUGUUGUAAAAUAUGUGAAUAUUUUAAAAAAAAAUGCUAAGAAAUUUAAACCUCAAAUUAUUAAUAAAUUCAUUGGAAGCGAUGCAAAAAACAAAUAUGAAUUUAUUUCCUUAAGUAAUUUUGAGUCUCGCAUCAAAAAAUCGAAUCUAGAAAACUUUCUGACAACCCAAGGAAUAAGGCAAUUUAUAUUUGAAGAAAAAAUGAAAUCGCAAUCGUAA